AUUUCUAUCAAUCCCGACUUACAAUUCUUUAAUCCGAAACACGAAUAUAUACAAUGGCCGAAAUCGAGAUCCCGAAGCAAGGUCUUGCUGGAGUCUGUGUCAAUGAAGGCCCAGACUUCCGCGUGGAAGUCCAAAUGGUCGAUGUUCCAGAGCCGAAGGAUGGCGAGCUUCUACUUCGGCUGAAUGCUACGGGACUGUGCAUGAGCGACGUCCACUUCAUGAUGAAUGACUGGGCUGUGCCACCGAUGUCCACAUUCGGCACGAAGUGUGCUGGCCACGAGGGUGCUGGGGUAGUUGUCAAGGUCGGCAAUAAUGUCCAAGGCUGGAAGGUUGGCGAUCGUGCUGGAAUCAAGCCCCUUUGGGACGUCUGUCACAACUGCGAGGAGUGCUUCACCGGCCGCGACAACUACUGUCAAAAGGGUGUAUACACUGGUCUGGUUGCUGAGGGUUCUUACCGUCAAUACGUCACAUCGCCAGCGAUUUACACAUCAAGAAUCCCCGAUGGAGUGCCUGAUGAGGUCGCCGGGCCGAUCAUGUGCUCGGCUAGCACAAUGCACAGGGCUCUAAUCGACUCGGGCUUGAAGGCUGGAAAUUGGGUCGUGUUCCCAGGUGGUGGCGGUGGUGUCGGUAUCCAGGGUGUGCAACUGGCGAAGGCCAUGGGCAUGCGACCUAUUGUCAUUGAUAGCGGCGAGGCGAAGAAGGAGCUGUGCAUGAAGCUCGGCGCGGAGGAGUUCGUCGACUUCAAGGAGCACGCAGACGUUGCUGCUCGUGUCAAGGAAGUUGCUGGAGGAAUCGGCGCUCACGGAGUCUUAGUGACGGCAUACCAAGCCUACAAAGACGCCAUCCCAUUCAUCGGCGACCGCAUCGGAGGACGCAUCAUGUGCAUUGCCCUGCCGCCAGCUGGAGAGAUCAACAUCGGAGCCGACCCAUCGCAUUUCGCAUUCAAGAACCUCCACAUCAUUGGCUCUCUGGUCGGGACCAUGCAAGACACCGCUGCGACACUCGACUACGCCCGUCGUGGUCUGCUUCAAGGCGUAGCGGAAGUACGGGGAAUCUCUCGCUUCAACGAGUCGGUGCAGGCACUGCGGAGAGGAGAGGUGGCUGGUCGCAUUGUCAUCGACUUCAACAAGGAGUAG